AAACACUAAGAAAACUGAUUCAGCAAACAUUUAGGCAGUUUGCCAACCUUAAUAGAGAAGAAAGCAUCUUGAAAUUCUUUGAGAUUCUCUCUCCGGUGUACAGAUUUGACAAAGAAUGCUUCAAGUGUGCUCUUGGGUCAAGUUGGAUUAUUUCUGUGGAACUGGCGAUCGGCCCAGAAGAAGGGAUCAGUUACCUGACAGACAAGGGCUGCAAUCCCACACACCUAGCGGACUUCAACCAAGUGCAAACCAUUCAGUAUUCAAAUAGUGAAGACAAAGACAGGAAAGGAAUGCUGCAACUCAAAAUUGCUGGUGCUCCUGAGCCUCUGACAGUGACGGCACCAUCCCUAACCAUUGCGGAGAACAUGGCUGACCUGAUAGAUGGAUACUGCCGACUGGUAAACGGAGCCACACAGUCAUUCAUCAUCAGACCACAGAAAGAAGGUGAACGGGCAUUGCCAUCGAUACCAAAAUUGGCCAACAGUGAAAAACAAGGCAUGCGGACACAUGCGGUCUCUGUGUCAGAGACAGAUGACUACGCUGAGAUUAUCGAUGAGGAAGACACAUACACCAUGCCCUCAACCAGGGAUUAUGAGAUUCAGCGAGAAAGAAUAGAACUUGGACGCUGUAUUGGAGAAGGUCAGUUUGGAGACGUACAUCAAGGCGUGUACCUGAGCCCAGAGAAUCCAGCUUUGGCUGUUGCAAUCAAAACAUGUAAAAACUGUACUUCGGACAGCGUGAGAGAGAAGUUCCUUCAAGAAGCCUUAACAAUGCGUCAGUUCGACCAUCCUCACAUUGUGAAGCUGAUUGGAGUCAUUACAGAGAACCCCGUCUGGAUAAUCAUGGAGUUGUGCACGCUUGGAGAGCUGAGGUCAUUUUUGCAAGUAAGGAAAUACAGCUUGGAUCUGGCAUCUUUGAUCCUAUAUGCUUAUCAGCUUAGUACGGCACUUGCGUAUCUGGAGAGCAAAAGAUUUGUUCACAGGGACAUUGCUGCUCGGAAUGUUCUGGUAUCCUCAAAUGAUUGUGUAAAAUUAGGAGACUUUGGAUUAUCCCGAUAUAUGGAAGAUAGUACUUACUAUAAAGCUUCCAAAGGAAAAUUGCCUAUUAAAUGGAUGGCUCCAGAGUCAAUCAAUUUUCGACGUUUUACCUCAGCUAGUGACGUGUGGAUGUUUGGUGUGUGUAUGUGGGAGAUACUGAUGCAUGGCGUGAAGCCUUUUCAAGGAGUGAAGAAUAAUGAUGUGAUCGGUCGAAUUGAAAAUGGGGAACGAUUACCAAUGCCUCCAAAUUGUCCUCCCACCCUCUACAGCCUUAUGACGAAAUGCUGGGCCUAUGACCCCAGCAGGCGGCCCAGGUUUACUGAACUUAAAGCUCAGCUCAGCACAAUCCUGGAGGAAGAGAAGGUGCAGCAAGAAGAACGAAUGAGGAUGGAGUCCAGAAGACAGGCAACUGUAUCCUGGGAUUCUGGAGGGUCUGAUGAAGCACCACCCAAGCCCAGCAGACCUGGUUAUCCUAGCCCAAGGUCCAGUGAAGGAUUUUAUCCCAGUCCACAGCACAUGGUCCAGACCAAUCACUACCAGGUCUCUGGCUACCCAGGUUCCCAUGGAAUCCCAGCAAUGGCUGGCAGUAUUUACCCAGGUCAGGCAUCCCUUCUGGACCAGACAGAAUUAUGGAAUCACAGACCUCAGGAGAUGUCCGUGUGGCAGCCCAGUGUAGAGGACUCAGCAGCUUUGGACCUUCGAGGAAUGGGACAGGUACUUCCCCCUCAUCUGAUGGAAGAGCGGCUAAUCCGACAGCAGCAGGAAAUGGAAGAGGACCAGCGCUGGCUGGAGAAGGAAGAGCGAUUUCUGAAACCUGAUGUGAGGCUCUCUCGAGGCAGCAUCGAUAGGGAGGACGGGAGUUUUCAGGGUCCGACUGGAAACCAACACAUCUAUCAGCCUGUGGGGAAACCAGAUCCUGCAGCUCCACCAAAGAAACCGCCACGCCCUGGAGCACCUGGCCACCUAAGCAACCUGGCGAGCAUCAGCAGCUCUGGGGACAGCUACAAUGAGGGUGUCAAGCCAUGGAGGCUUCAGCCCCAGGAAAUCAGCCCCCCUCCCACUGCCAACCUCGACCGGUCCAAUGACAAGGUAUAUGAGAAUGUGACGGGCCUAGUGAAAGCUGUCAUUGAGAUGUCCAGCAAAAUCCAGCCAGCUCCUCCGGAGGAAUACGUCCCUAUGGUGAAGGAAGUCGGCCUGGCCCUGCGGACCUUACUGGCCACUGUGGAUGAGACCAUUCCUGUCCUCCCAGCCAGCACGCAUCGAGAGAUUGAGAUGGCACAGAAGCUGCUGAACUCUGACUUGGGUGAGCUCAUCAGCAAGAUGAAGCUGGCUCAGCAGUACGUCAUGACCAGCCUGCAGCAGGAGUACAAGAAGCAGAUGCUGACAGCUGCUCAUGCCCUGGCUGUGGACGCCAAAAAUCUACUUGAUGUUAUUGAUCAAGCAAGACUGAAAAUGCUAGGGCAGACACGACCACACUGAGCCACUGGCCAUUGAACACGGCUUUCUGCCCUUGGGAGAUCUUCUCUAGCAUUCCACCAGCAGCGAGGAAGUAACCGUGUCCUCGGACGCCCACACUCACAACUCCAGCUGAAUGACAGCUAGCUGAAAGUCUCUCUCAUAUAAGUUUAACCACAAUAUGUGUGGUUUUGAUUUGUUAUUUUUCUAAAUAAUGUUCAGAAAAGUCUGGAUCCAAAAUGUGGCAUUUUUCUGAGAAUGAAGAUUGUACAUUAAGAAGCUUUUAAAAUAUACUUGGUGUUGGAAUUGGGAUGUGUGCUUCUAGAAGUGGUAAUUCCUACUGACUAUGGCUUAAAGUUGAAAGAGGAGUGUCUUAGGGGGGAGGACUCCCUAAGAGCCCAGAGGCUGGCCAUCCUUCCUGCCAGAGUUCCUGUCCAGGCUGGUUUGCUAUAUGCUAAUCUCAUUUACAGAGAAAGUGCAUAAAAGCUAUAUUUUGAAGACUGAGUGGUUUCAGAAGAAAACUUCUGCCCUCCGUGUCUCUACCUUUUUCUUUCCCGUGGAUACUGAAGCAUUGAGUUGCAAACGAUCUAUAGAACUGACAAAAACUCUUGUCUUUCCUCACCAGAAUUCUGUGCCAGUUUUUUGUAGCAAUGUAAUUUUUCUUGGGAGCAGAAAUGCUUUGUACCAGAGCACUCCCAAAUGCAUCAAGAAGUUUCAGAACCAUCCCUGUUCUCCAUUUUUAUAUAAUUUAUAAGAAUGAUUAAAGCCAUGUUGACUCUUACAUCCACUGGAGCUAAUUGAUCUUCAUUUCGUCUGUCUUCCCAGGGAGGACCCCACAGGACAGACAGGGAUGUGGGUCUCUGAUGUGCUGUUGUCACACCAUGCAUUCUGUUAGACAGUUUGGAAAGCAUACCUUCCCUUUAGUUUGUUGGGGGAUAUAAAUUAUUCUCAGGAAGAAUAUAAUGAAUUGUACAGUUACUCUGACCUAUUAAAGGUGGCGCCAGGAAA